AUGCAAGCAAAUAUCGUACGACUCAAGUCCUUUAGAAAUGAAGUUUAUGCCCACGCGACGUCAACUCAAUUGGAUAAUGCAACAUUUGAAUCGCUAUGGCUGAAAAUUGCCCAGGCUUUGGUAGAAUUGCACAUUCCACAGAAUGAUGUCAAUGAUUUAAAAACUUGUCCUUUAGGGCAUGAAGAAGAAAUAUAUGUGGAGAGGCUUAAAACAUUGAAAUCAGAAGAAGAAAAGAGUAUGAAAGUGCUAGAAGCCAUUGAAUGUUCAAUAAAUUGUUUGACACAGAUUACUGAAGAAAACCGUGAUGGAAUAAAACAACUCCAUCAGUCAGCUUUGGAGCAACAAAACAAUAUCCAUGCCAUCCAAAGUUCCGUCAAUCAUUCAUCACAAAUUGUUAAGGAUAAUAUUCUUGAGAAAAAUUGCAGCAAAGAAAGUGAUGAAGAUCUCUUGCGAAAACUCGCAAAACAUAAUUUCAAGAGCAAAAUUAGAAGUAAAGUAAAGUUGUUCCAUCCUGGCUCGAGAGAGUGGUUAUUACAACAAGUGGACGAGUUUGUUAAUAAUAAGCAUAACUCAAGUGUGUUGUUAUUGACAGCUGGACCUGGAUUUGGUAAAAGUGUGUUCGCAGCAAAAGUUUGUGAGGAUUUUAAGAUGAAGGGAAAGUUGGCAGCUUCUCACUUUUGUGACUUCAGUAAUUCAAACCUAAGAGAUCCUAUGAUUAUGCUGCAGUCUCUUGCAAGUCAGAUGUGUGAAAAUAUCACGGGUUUUAAAGAAAAGCUUGUUGAUCAGUUGAGGCGACCUCAUCAAGUCCAAAGCUUAAAGGAUGCCUUUAGAAUAUACUUGCAAAAUCCCCUUGAUGAAUUGGAUUUAGAAGAACCAACUUUAGUCGUGAUCGAUGGCUUGGAUGAAAGUGCAGCAGAUGAUAAGAAUGAAAUUAUGAAUUUGAUUGCUGAUUAUUUUAAAGAUCUUCCCGAGUGUAUAAAGUUUCUGGUUACCAGCAGGCCGGAGAUUUCCAUAGGCAAACUAAAUGAUGUUCAAAGGAUUAAUAUUGACAGCGAUGAUACCAACAAUGACUUAGAUCUUGAAUUGUACCUUAAAGCUUGCCUCCCAUGUCUAGCUGACAGGAAAGCAAACAUUCCUUUGUUUUUUGAAUACGGAGAUCCGGUUCCAACUGUGUGUGAAGAGCUUGCUAAGACGAAGUGUCAGGGUUCAUUUCUGUAUGCGUUUUACGUUCAGUCUGAGCUACGGAAACGCGAUGAUCUUGAUAAGAUGACAUUGGAUGAAAUAAUGACGUUUGUCCCAGAAGGCCUGGAUUCAAUUUACUUGAAAUAUUUUAAUCGCCUUGAAAAGGAGCUAAACGCCAUAAGGCAUGGCAGUCUUGAUGUGCUAAGCAUUUUGGAAAUGCUUGCAGUUUCUGAAGGCCCUCUUCCCCUCAGUUUCAUCUCUCAUGCUCUUGGUUUGGCUUCAGAUUGUCGUGAAACGACAAAGAUCAUUAACAAAGUCAACGAAACGGUAUCCUGUUUGCUCUACGUUUCUGAUGAUCUGGUGACCGUUUUCCACAAGUCCGUUAUUGACUGGCUUCUUGCAGAAGGCUACAAAAAUCACGAGUAUACCGUCAAUGUUAGUGAUGGGAAUAAAUCCCUAUGGCUGAGAUGUGAACAAGUUUUUGAAGAAAUUAAGAAGACAAUUUGCUCCUUAGAUGACUUAGACUUAACUAAUGACGUGAAAUAUGCUCUGGAUCACGGCUUUCGGUAUCUCAAAGCAUGUAAUAUGGAGGAAAGUUUCUUUUGGGUGGUAGAUUUUGUAAUCAUAUACGUAGUUUUUACUAUCUAUCCCUUUAAAGGAGAGUAUCUAGUACAUCUCUGGGCAGAAAUUCUUCAUGGUUCUGUGGUCACAAGUGAUGAACUACGUGAACGCAUUUUAUGGCAUGUCUUUGAAAUUGACUUUCUGAGAAAUAAAUCAACGUUAAAGACGAGAUCAUAUUAUUUAAAAAGUGUCCUCACACAUUCUCCUGAAGGAUGUUUCAGUGAUAACGAGAAGAAAAUUGCAGAGUCGCUUUUAUCGAAGGUUCGACGGUUUGUCGAGUACAGUAACUUUAAUGAAGUGGAGGUUUUACCUUUUGCAGCGUGGCAUCAUAAUCCUGAAAACCCCGAAUUUUGGCGGGAGCCAGAGAUUAGCGCUGUUGGUUUGUCCCACGAUAAGGCAAUGGCAGCCGUUGGAAACACGGAUCGGACUAAUGUCACUAUCAGUGUAAUAUCCGUACCUAGCUUGGUUAAGCUUUGGGAAUAUUCAGCAGGAUUGGAAAGUAUUCGCCUACGCACUCCAGUGUGUUGCGUAUUCGGUCCAGACGACUCAUUCGUUUUAUUUGGGAUACUGGAAACUGUUCUUAACAUUGCUGAAAGAAAGCAAGUACCAUUUUUCCACGGAAACAAAGAGUUUUUCGCGUCGUGUGCAUUUUCUCCGAACGGCAAGAGGCUGCUAACUAGCAACGGCUCAAACACCAUUAAGUUAUGGGAUGUCUCUAGACAAAGCUUGUUGUCGUUACUUUGUGCUGACGUGUGUGUUGAUUGGUGCUCUUUUAGCAGCACAGGGUUAUUUAUCAUUGGAGAUAGGAAAGAUGUUGCAUAUGUUCCGGAUGAUGACUGGGUACCGUACGGUUUAAUAAUUCAAGACAGGAGACAAGAAGAUUCAUUUUGCGUUUGGAAUGCUAUUACCUGGCAAAGAAGUGAUGAGCGAAACAUACGUGAUGUAAAACUAAAGGAACUAGGAGUAUUGCAGAAGAAUAAGAAAUGUAACCGUUGUUUUCGACCAGGAUUUAAAGAAUUAAACUCUUCUAAAAGAUUAGAAAUCGAACUUUGUAUGCCGUUGACGGUUUCGAGAGGCCGCCAAUUCGAAGCCAGGUCGACGGGGAUCUACAAUGGUGUAAAUUGUAUUUUUUCUCUGAAAGAUUAUUUUUUAAGUGUCAUAGAAAGUAUUCAUUUCACUACGCUUGCUUCCUGGAACUUUUUUGUUGAUAUUUCUUACUAUUUCGAGCAGAAUAAUGAUUGCCUUUGCAAAAUAACAGCACUUGAAGAUGAUCUAUGGUUCUACGCGGAUGUGAAAAAAUUAAUUGUGUUUAGGACAUUAGCCCCAACACAAGAACAACUUUCUCGCCUGCCACGUCCAACACGGGUUCUUUCAAGUUCGUUUUCUCCUGAUGGCUCCCGACUUGCAACCUGUACCUCAGAUGGAAAUAUCAACAUAUGGAAUGUCUAUACCAGCCAAGUUGAACAGCGUUUCAAAAGCAAUCAAGGCGAUUCGUCAUUUGCUUGUUGGUGGUCGGAAGAGUGCUUGUUCGUGUUUGACUUUUUUGACAGGACUCCCAGCUUAACAAAAUACCUGGAUGAUGGUUUAGAGAUCAUAUUCUUUGUGAGCCUGCAAGUAUCGCUGUGUCAUUUGUUGGAAGAGUUCGUAUCCUUAUCAGCACUUGUUGAUUUUUCAGAGGGCUUACUCAUCUUCGAGUGCGGAAGUACAAACCCUGUGAAAGUUCUUGAUGUUAACGGAACAGAAGAACCGCGAAUGGUCACCUUACCAGAAAUUAAGACUGGGAUGAAUAUUGUUGUAUCGCCUGAUGCUUCCUUUGUCUUUGGUGGUAAUAUCAGGUUUUUUUACAUUUGGGAAAGAAUUACCGAGGAACCAGUAACGUAUGAAGUCUUUUAUUCUGGUACUUGUGCAUCAUACGAUGGGAGUGCAUGUUGCUUCACCAACGAUUCUAAAAUCGCUGUUGUUCGGAAAGCAAACAUUAGUAUAGUAGACCUGGUUGGCGACGAUGACAAACGUAUACGUCUGGAAGAAUCUAUUAAUUCGAAGUUCUUUUGUCUUAGAAAGGACAGAGUUGUUAUCGCUCCAUGUGAUCAUGUUAUACAUUUUCUGGACAUGGACUCUGGCGCGCUUCUUAAUUCUUCUUUUCAAAGAUAUUUAACAAAUGAUUCGCUAAAACAACUAAAACUCUCCCCAAAAGAAACUACGAUAGCUCUUCCAAAGAUAAACGGCGAUAUGGAGUUUCUUCGACUGUGUAUUCCACAAGACCCUUUGUUGUCCCGCAUGAAACGUGAGGCAGCUGCUGAGUGGCCACUCGGUUCAUUGUUAUAUUAAGUCACGGAUUGUUAAGUCUGAGUUUUUUACUUUAGGAAGAACAUGCUUGAUAAAUACGACAAUGGCGUCCUCAUCGAUUUCAACGUAUGAACGUUUAGAGUUUAGUAUACCGUAUAUUGCGCACAGAACAAUGAUGAAAAGGUUUUUUCAACAAGGACACGUUUAAAAAACGAUGUUUUUGGGCAGCGGCUAGACUUUGCUUGGAGCCAGUCUAGAAUGGAGAAGUAAGACACCUCCUUCCCUCCGCUUGUCUGGGAGUUCACCUUGGGCAAGUGAUAGUACUCUCUUGCCUCCCUACCUGGGGUUACAGAUUCUAACCAUUGGUCAAGUAUCAUGUAGGAAGCAAAGCUCUUACCUUGCAUGAGGUCAUGACCGUGAAAUGGAAUGCUUCUGAAAAAAGAUUAAUCAGUCGUAUGAUGGUGUUGAUGACGAUGGUAAUGAUCAUACGUGGUGAUCUAGAAAUGAUAGUACAGUAUAUAUUACUGAUGGUGAUGGUCAUUAUGAUGGUGAAAAUUGCGGCGAUGAUUGUGGUCGUGAUGUUGACUACGAUUGCAGUGUUUUGAUGGUGAUAAUGUGAUAAUGUUAUGGUUAUUAUUGCAAUGUUGUGAUUGUCGUUAUAAUGGUGGCGAUGAUAGAGGUGAUAGUGACAAUGGUGUUAAAAAUGCUAAUAGUGAAUGUUGUGGUUUUGUUACUUAGGCGGUUAUGAUGGUAUAAAUAAUGAUGUUACGAUGGUAAGAGUGGUGAUUAUAAUUGAUGGGCGGUGGUUAAAUGAUGGUGGAAAUUAUGAUGACAGCAAAAUGGUGCAGAUAUCGAUUGAAACAGUUGCCUGGUUGUUGCUUUCUCUGUCAAGAAAUAGCCGUCAAGAAACAGUCAUCGUUAUUUAUCGUUUACUGAAAUCAAGCAAAUUGUAAAAACGUGACCGGAAUUUUUACGUCACCUGUUGUUGAUGCAUGAAAAAGCAAGGAAGAAACUAUGUACUUUGUCUGACAGAUGGGAUUUGUGAGAACAGAUAGAUAAUUUGAUGAAAAAUAUUGUAAGAACUUUUAUUUUUGUUUAAAAUACGAUGAUUGAUUAUUAUGAUUAUUAUUAUUAUGAUUUAUUUAGCAAAGGUUUGAAUCUGUAAUCCCGAUCAUUAUCAGUACAAUGGAUUAUAUUCCAAAUACGUUCUAGUAUAACUUAGUAGUUAUUGUUAAUAAGGUUGUUUAGGUUUCAGAUUCUUAAACGAGUUCUUAUUUUAAAGGUUGUUGGUACAUAUAGAUGUGGCCCACUAUUUCUUAAGAAUUCUCUUGCCCUGGGCAAACAAGAACAAGAGUUACAUGUAGGCUAUUGCUCCGCGCGUAGAGAAAAUUGUAAAAAUUUUAAACAUCAAAAUUUUAAACCGUCCAAAGUUAAUGAGACUCGGCUGUCAAACGCGAGCGAGUUGCAACUUUCAUCAACUCUGAAAUAUUCGUAUCUUAAUAGAAAAACUUAAAUAGUCUAACAGAUUCUUGAAAUCGGUAAUGUGCA